UAGGUUACUUGUGCAUUUACAAGUUUUCCAUAAGGAGGAAUUAUUCCGCUAGUAUCAGUUACCUUUCUUUAUUCUUGACCUGAAAAAUAAUAAAGUUUUUUCCUUUUGUCAGACCUUCUUCGUUUUACAGCUACAGCAUUACGCAGAAGAACCCGAGUACUCUUUGUUUUGGUACAGUUACCGUUAUUAUUCUUUACUGAACAGGCGAAACUCGAGUAAACAAGCAAGAUUCAAAAGCAGAGUUUAAUAAAUUUCAUUUAAUAGUCCUCAGUUUUACAAUAUAGACUUAUUAGGAAGUCCGACAAAAGUUCACCAUAAUAGAAUAGGGCCCAAGAAAGUUUGAUAUGGCUAGGAAGCAGUCUAAUACAAGAUCUUCAAGGUCUACUUCCAAAGCAGUAACAUCAAAUAAUAAGAGCCUCAGCGAAGAGAGCAACUACGAUAAUGAGAGCAAGAAACUGGAUGGUGAAAAGAAAGUGAUAAAGAAAAGAAAAUAUAGUCGAGGAGGUUGCAACGAGUGUCGUCGUCGUAAAAUAAAAUGCCUGGAAGAAAAACCUGAAUGCUAUAAUUGUACUAGAUUGAAUAAAACUUGUGUAUACGAAAAUAAGUCGAGAUUCAAGUUUAGUGAAGUUCAACCCCAGGAUUCCACUCAAGAUCAUAGCAAUAACAACCAUAACAAUGGUAAUGGUGAAAAAUUUGAAAACAAGGAUAUUCAAAUAGUGAAACGUAACGAUGAUCUUGAUCAGUUUAGUAAAACCAAUAGCCCAAUGAGUGUGUCUAAUAUGACAAGUCCUCCAGUUAUUCAUGCAUCUCAUAGCCCUCUGGAUCGUUAUAUGCAACAAGCAGAUAUAAAAGGGAACGAAGUUGAGCAUGAUUAUUCUUCAGAGACAACCCCCAUAUUACCCCCUCCUCGAGGAUCUGGCAUUCCUGAAAUGAGUUUCCCUUCCAUGACCUCAUUAGCAUUCCCUUCAAUUAGGGCUAACAGUCCUGCCCCUCCUUUAACUGUCCCAAAAUCAUCUUUUAGAAAUAAUAUAACAGAUAUCGUAUCUCCUAAUGAACCUCAUUCAAUUCUGCAACAUGGAGCCACCGGCGGAGCUGAUUUGAUCAAUCCCGAAUUAAUGAAAAAUAAAGAUAUGCAGAAUCUAUUUGAUGAAGCAAGCUUAUUAGUAAGUGAUAUCAAUCAUUUAGUAUCGGUAGAUCUAGCUCUUCAAAAUCAUGAUUUGUAUACUUCCGACGAAACUAUGUUAAGACACCAUCAACGUCAAAUUCAACCACUAACCGAUUCUCAUAAUGGAAACACACCAUUCAUGGGAAUAACAAGUGAUAAUGCAAGUCCGACUGCCAACAGCCAUAGAAGUUCGGGGUCAAUGUCAGGAAGUGACACAUUUGAAAGACACAAUUUCCAGAUUGAUGAUUUUACUGAUCGGAUCAAUACUCAUAAUCAAGAGGACUUAAAUAAAUCAUAUAAUUUACAGGAUCGAAUCGUCGAAGAAAUGAAAAUGUCUACCAGUCAACUAAUUGAAGAAAGCAUAAAGCAUAAUAACUUGGUUGCACCCCAUAUAACCUAUUUGAAAACCCUUCUUACCACUGAUUUAUCAUAUCAUUUGUACCCCUUUGCAUCUUCGGUUGAAUCCAAUGAAACAGUCAAGUUAUUAUUGAUGUAUCUGAAGAAUUGUCCCUACCUUUUAACGUCGUUAUUAGCGAUACUGGCGACUUUCCAGUUCAACAAAACCGGUAAAAAAGUUCAUGAUUUAACUCGACAAAAGUACAUUUCUGUUUGUUUACGUUCUUUAAGUGAUGCAUUUGCAUCAAAUGGUGCCAGUGACCGUAAUUCAUCCCACUUAAUCAAUGAUAUUGAAAAGUUACUACUAACAGUUUUAGUCUUAACUUCAAAUUUCACCGCCAGUGCUCAUACCCAAAGAGACAGCAUACUUAGUUCUUGGAAAACUCAUUUAAGAGGAGCUAAGGAUCUUUUGGUUAAUUAUAGUAAAAUUUCUAAAUCUAAUGAUUUAAAUAAUCAAUACAUGUCGGGUGGAUUGGCAUUAGCCAAAAUAUGGUUUUUCGCAAUCGAGUCACUUGCUGGAUUAUAUACGCCCUUGGGUGGAACUUUAACCAAAACUAAAAAGAACCCUUCAAGUUCGGAAAGCUCAGUGAAACUGAUUAUCUUGACAACAGAUACAGAGGACGAUAGCGAAAAUUACAAUAAAAUUAUUUUUUUGGAUACUGGUCAUUUUAAUCCACAAAGUAAUCCCGAGUAUCAUGAUUCUUUAAUUCAUAUUGGUCUUCAGACAUCGUAUCCUACACAGAAUCUCCAUCUCAAUGCAAUGUUUCCUGAUAAAAAACUGGUUCUGGAUGAGUUUAAUUUGUUUGUUGGUUAUUGUAUGAGUUAUGUCUAUCUUAUUCAAGAACUUACCAAUUGUUUAGAGUCAUUACGUAACAAUCCAGGAAAACAAUUAUCAAAUUCCAGAAUCACCAAAUUGAUGGCGUUAGUACAUGAUGCUAGGCAAUCGCAAGUUGCUCCACAAUUCAAACGAAAAUCAUACAUCAUUCCUAGAACCAGUCCGGCACAUCCAGAUUAUAGAUUAACCUUGACCAAGAUAGUCUUGCCCCCAGCAGCGUAUUCCAAAUUCAAUGAUCCUGACGGCCAUACUCUAUACUAUUCCUGGUUUGACUUUUCUCAUCAGCUCCACGUUGAUUCGAUUAACUUGAGGAUCUUAGUAACCCCGGGUCUCCUACAAUUACCUAAUAAACACCCAUUGGUGAAACAAUUGGUGAGAGAUAUAGUGGAGAGCGCAUUUUUCAUCAAAGGUAAAGAUGAAUAUAAAGACAUGUAUAAUCAAUUGAAGCAGCAAGGCAAAAUCUUGACAGAGAGUACAAACUUCUUUCUCCCCACUACCUUAUUUGACAUCCGUUGCAUCAUGACCCAAAGUCCCUUCCGGAUUUGUGCUGGAUUAGUUGAAAGAGACAUUGAUUUUGAAAAAAUCGAAUUAUUCUUCCUGGGUUUGGUCAAAUUGGGUAACGGUAGUUCCUUAGCUGCCUUGGACAAGGUUGCCCAUUUUAAAGAAAAGGCUAAGCAUCGUAAAGAGCGUGGUCUCGAAGACUCGAGCGAAGAAGGUGAAGAAGCAGUAAAGGAUAUUGUUGGAGACAUGGAUGCAAUUCCUUUUGCGUAAACAAUCAUCCGCUUCUCUCUUCAAACACCCUACCUACCCCUAUAACAUUCUCCAUCUAAUGUAACAUUAUCGU